CCACAGUCCGUAAUCCGGGUUGCUGGAUCCGUAAAAUCUCAAAACUCGGCACCUGCCGUCUUGAUCUAUCUCUCCCCUCCCUCUCUCCCUCCCUGGUGAAGGAUUGGGCCUCUAGCUCGUGUCAGUCAAUCGCUCUGGGGAAGACAAGGCGACGUUUCAGUCACACGGAUUCGGCACUCCGGAAGACAACAGCGGCCGUGCGUUCGUGAGAGGAUCUCUCACACGCCUGGGUUCACUGACGUCGAUCGGACCGGCAAACGCAGUGACUAGGGUGCCCGGACUACUGGACUAACGUCACUAUGGCCCAUCUACGGCCGAUAGACAAGGAGUUCGAAGAGGCGGACGAUACGGGGGUCCUCGUCCUCAGCUCCCGGAACCUCAGGAACUUUCCCGUCGUCCCUGGAGACCUCUGCGACUUCAACGACCUCCUAGAAGCAGACUUCACCAACAACAGAUACGACCACAUCCCCCAAGAGGUCUGUGACUUCAUGCAGCUCGUGAAGCUGAGUUUCUAUAGGAACCUCCUGCGAUCCGUGCCCGAGGACUUGAGGCACCUCGAAAAUCUCAAAGACCUAAACCUUAGUCGAAAUCUGCUCCCCACCAUUCCUGUAGGACUGUGCCAUAUGAACCUUCAUUCCCUCAACCUCAGCAACAACAGACUCGUCUCACUCCCUCUACCGUUGGGAAAUCUGAAGCAGCUGCGUUACCUCAACCUCAGCUGUAACCAUCUCCCUGAUCUCCCAAUUUCCAUCAUCGAUCUGUCGUCUCUACAACAUCUUGACCUCCAUCGCAACCAGUUGAGAGAGCUACCAGCAGAUAUCCAGCUGCUAGCUCUGCGCUACCUGGACAUCUCCUGUAACCAGAUCACGGCUCUCCCCACCACACUGAGACACAUCACUGACUCACUCCAGAUAUUCAAGAUGACUGAUAACCCUAUUGAAUCUCCACCCACACACGUGUGCGUGCGAGGUCUGAUGCACAUAGUCAAGUGGAUGGAGGGACUGGAGAAACACGGCAGCGAUCCCCACCUCCUCUCCAUCUCGAGAGAUGCCAGCCUCGCUCGCCGCAAGGGAAAGAGACACUCCACCUCCUCACGGUCGUUCAUCGACAACUCCCAGCCGGCCGGAGAAAAUGGUGUUCUGAAUCUUGACGAGGUGACCAAUCGGAUCAAUUCCUCUCUGAGGGUCGUCGAGUCUCCAUCUCUGCUGGCCAAAAAUGACGGAGAGAUUACUCCAACCCACACCUCUACUCCUAUGCAUUGGAGCGUGACCCAAUAUCACAAUACCCCUGGGUCGGCCAUGUCUGAUCAAAGCAAGGAAGAGUAUAGGGAGGCGGCCCACAAGCUCUACAUGCAGCAGGAGAGGCAGAAGAACCGCAUCAACCGCAGGAAACGAUCCUCCUCACCCAUUCAGGCUACCGCCAAGGCUGCGGUGACCCUCUCCAAACAGCAGUCAGGGAGUACGGAGCUCAGCUCCAUCCCGAUGCAGCGGGGCUCCAAGGAAGACAUCCUCGCUGCCGCUGGGUCCCCAACAGGGGGCACGAAAUCCCUGGGGGGCAGUCCACGAGUGGCCCCCGCGAGGUCGCUCGCUGGGGAGAAGAACCCGCGGCCGGGAUCAUGGAACUCUCACACUAAGGUCUCCUCCAGCCCGAUCCUUCCCAGCAAGUAUGCCAUGCCGGCCUCUGAGAAACAGACGAGUGAGGAUGAAGCCAGCAGUAAAGGUGGCGUCAGAGUGUCUGAAGUCGAGGUAAAGAAGAAGCCUCCUCCUCCUCCUCCUCCUCAGAACAAGCCAGACUCUGGCAUGGUACAACGUCGUCAUGAAAGUUCUGAAGAAGCUAAAACCAGAGCAGCACUUGAGGAGACACAUAGAAAACCACCCCCGCAGGAGACAGUAGGAGCCACGCCCACCUCGUCGUUGUCCCGGGAGACCACUCAACAACAGCAGCACCUUGGGUCUGGUUUGAACCGUCGGGAGCGAAGCCCCGCCCCCCAUUUUGAUCGUUCGGACAGUGUCACGCCCACCAAUGAGCUCGUUGAUGAGGAAUCAGUUACACCUCGCUCAAAAGAAGUGGUGAAGGAUGCUGGAAUAACACUAGCAGCUGCUAGUCAGAAGUUGGAGGAGGAACUCUUAUCGGCCAGACAGAGUGGUUCGGUCGAAGAAGACGGUCGCACCACCACUGGGUCAGAGAAACCAGCCCCUAAUGGGGUGGCGGGCGGAGGAACCAAGACAGAGAAGAAGCCAGCGGUGGUAAAGGGGCAGGAAGAGGAGGGGAAGAAGAAGAAGAAAGAGGAAUGCAGACAGAGUCUCCAAGAAGGGGACAUGGUACAGACCCUAGACUCGUCUCUCAAGAUGCGACGGACACACAGCUCUGAGAGUGAGGCCUCGGACGGUGCAUGUAAAAAAGAUACCACGUGGCAGCGAGCGCUACCUCCGCGCAGGAAAAAGGAGAAAGACGUGUUUAAAUUCUUGAAGGAAGAGAAUUCGUCCAACUACACAGUCAGGAGACAGGAGUUUCAGAUAUCUCGUGUCAUGGAGAAAUCUAGAAUUGUCAGAGAGAAAAUAGAGGAGCUACUGGAGAUAGAGUUAUCAGAGGACAUUGGAGAAUGGGUGGCUGAUGGCGUCGUGCUCUGCAAGCUCGUCAAAAAACUACACCCCCAAUUAAUGCCCUCCUUCCAUUCACCCCCGCUGGGAAAAGACUUGUCAAGGGGAAGGAAAACUGUGAACAUUGCUAAUUUCAUCGCUGCCUGUCGUCAACUCCACGUGCCAGAAGAGGAGCUCUGUUCCGCAGGUGACAUCAUCGAACUAAAAGACCCGGUGAGAGUCGUUACUUGUCUCCAGAGAGUGUUGGAAUCAGCGAACAUCAUGGUGAUGUCACCAUGAUCAUGUGAUCAAUUAUGACAUCACUACCAUGUUUUCACCAUGACAUUAUUGCAUAUUUGCUGUGUAUACAGGUUUUUUUACGUAAACAAAUUUCAUCAGCACAUCACUUGGAAUGUUGCUGUUUUUCUACUCUUUGCAUUGUGGAAUUCAUCAUUUCGGUUAUUGUGUAGUUACAGUGACAUACACAUGAAUUGAGAAGCACUACAGUGCAAAUCCUCAGCGCACACGCACAGGUAAUUGUGCAUAGGUUAUCCAAGUUUUAGUUUUACUCUUAUGCUGGUUAAGUUGUGCUGCAGGACAGAAAACAUCAUUUUAUUAACAAACAGGGAAACAGGGGAUAAUAAUACUCUCCAAAUGGGGUGACAUCAUCGUUGAAACCAACGGCACAGUGACACAGAGUAUGCAAUUACAAAAGUGAAUAAAUUAUAAUUCAGAAAAACUGUUGCCCAAGGCAAAUGGGAGUGAGUGAGAAAGAGAGGAGGCGGACGGGAGGGAAACACUGAAUGAGUGAAUGUCUGGUGGAGUUGACUCUAAUUAUAGCACACUCUGUAAUACUGCGACUGAGAGUAGGAGGGAGAGGAGGAGGACCAGCGAGGAGGGGGUGAGAGACGGGCAGCCUGCCGGAACGAUAACGAUGGGGGGCUCCUUUGUUGGCGAGGGGGAGGCAGAGAUGACCGGGGAAGACGUCGCAGAUGGUGUCGGUUGGACGGUACUCGAUGGAGCAAUGGUUGUAGUCGGGACGAAAGGAUCUGCGAGGCAUUCCUGGACCUGAUCCACCACUGGUGUAUCGCAUUCCCCGGAUCCAGAACCAAACCCAGACUCCCUGUCUAAGCCACACCCACUCCCACGGAGUCGAGAGUCUUCGCCGUCUGAGGUAAUUGGAGGGUCCACCUCUGUUGAGACUGGCUUGAAGGUAUUGUAGUUGCAUCUCAUUUCGUUGACUUGACAAUCCUCAUCAUCCUCUGGACAUGCCUCGCUGCUACUAAUGAUAUUUAUUUCCUGGGUAACCCUCUCCAGAUAGGCUAGUUGAACUCUGACCCCUCCCGGGAGGAUGGGGCACACAAACAAUUCAGGGUUUUCUUGCUGCUCUGCGCGAGUGAAGUCAAAAACUUGUUUUUCGUACCUAGGGUAAAAAAAAGCAUAUACAUGAUGUGUUGCUGGUAAACAAAUAGAAGCUGAUUAAGGGGUGAUGCCCUCACAACGAUUUAGCCACCCGAGAAAUGAACUUGCAUCCUUGGAAUAAUAAUUAUUCAGUGAUUGCUGCUUUAGACAAUCUGGAUUACUAGUCCAUUUGUAUACAGAAUGUUGUGAAAAUAUUCACCAUGUUACGUGAGUGGAUAAAAUGUCA